CUCCGCCCAGCUGCUGACUUUGGACUCAGUUGGGAAGAAGAGCAGUUUGGUCAACACACAAACGACAUCACAAUGUCCAACUCUGAUUGCCUUCCCGAUUACCCGGUCAACUCGGAUUUCGUAAAGAGAUUGAAGUCAGCCCUGGAAGCCAGGGAUGAGGCGAGAGUGAGGGAUUUGAUCUGCACUGAAGUUCGGCAGGUGGACGCCAUGAUAGAACUGGCCAACGACGACUGGAUGAAGGACCCCUCGGCCCAGCUGCCCUCCGGGGUGCUCCUAGGAGACCUGGACCAUCUUAAGCUCCUCAUGGACCAGUUCUUCCAGGACGCCAACGUGGUGUUUGAGAUCAAGAAGGAUGAGAUGGAGUGGCAGGUGAAAUCCCUGGCCACGUUUGGACCGUCAGGCCUCUGGACCCUGGAGUACAAGCGCGAGCUCACCACGCCCCUGUGCAUCGCCGCGGCCCGGGGCCACACGGCCUGCGUGCACCACCUGCUCGGCCGCGGCGCGGACCCCGACGCCAGCCCCGGCGGCCGCGGCGCCCUGCACGAGGCCUGCCUGGGGGGCCACACGGCCUGCGCCCAGCUGCUGCUGCAGCACCGCGCCGACCCCGACCUGCUCAGCGCCGACGGCCUGGCGCCCCUGCACCUCUGCCGCACGGCCGCCUCGCUGGGGUGCGCGCAGGCGCUGCUGGAGCACGGCGCCUCGGUGCAGCGCGCGGGCGGCGCGGGCCUGGACACGCCCCUGCACGUGGCGGCUCAGCGCGGCCUGGACGAGCACGCGCGCCUCUACCUGGGCCGCGGGGCGCGCGUGGACGCGAGGAACGCCCGCGGCGAGACGGCCCUGAGCGCGGCGUGCGGCGCGGCGCGGCGGCCCGACGAGCACGCGCGCUGCCUGCGCCUGUGCGCGCUGCUGCUGCGGUGCGGCGCGGCGGCGGACGCGCGCGACGAGGACGAGCGCAGCCCGCUGCACAAGGCCUGCGGCCACGCGCUCCACGGCCUGGCGCGCCUCCUGCUGCGGCACGGCGCCGACGCGGGCGCGCUCGACUACGGGGGUGCGUCGCCGCUGGCCCGAGUGCUGCACACGGCCGCCUGCGCCCCGGAGGCCGCGCCGCAGCGCACGCUGCAGGCGCUGCUCAACCACGGCUCCCCCACCGUGUGGCCCGACGCCUUCCCCAAGGUGCUGAAGACCUGCGCGCCAGCCCCCGCUGUCCUCGAGGUUCUUUUCAACUCCUACUCUCAGCUCCGCGUGUCAGAGUCCUGGAAGGAGGUGAUCCCUGAAGAGGUGUUUCAGGUGCACCAGCCUUUCUACGAGUCCCUCUUUGCCUUGGCCUACACCCCACGCUGUCUGCAGCAUCUCUGCCGCUGUGCCAUUCGGAAACUGUUUGGCAGAAAGUGCUUUUACCUCGUGCCCCAGUUGCCCUUGCCGAAGUCCCUGCAAAAUUACCUUCUUCUGGAGCCAGAGGGGGUUUUGCACUGAAACCCAGAGAUUUGGACCAAGACACUUGUGCUCGUCUGUGGAGGCUCCGGGGUUAGGAGGGGCCCUGGAUGGCACUUGGCACUCACCCUGUGCACAGACCUCACCCAGCUUCAGCUUCACCUGGGCGUGGAAUUGGCAGUAAAAGCCCUUUCUGCCUCUCAGGGUUGCUCGUAAGGACUGAAGCUGUGAAUAGCGUAGUACUUGUAUCAGAAAGUACCUUUCAACAGAGGUUGAACUAAAAGGUGUACGUAUUUUUCCAAGGUCUGUCUCCCGCCCACAAUGCGUUAGCAGCGUUCGAGCUGCACCCCGCCCCCCCCCACCACCACUGGCCUUCAGACCCUCUGCCUCAAGGGGAACAUCCCACCCCUCCUAGUGCUCAGCCCCUCGGAAAGACUCUGUCCCCCCAAACAUGACAGACGGACACACUGAGCGAGGACACUGGCUUCCGUGACGAGAGCCCCUGCCCAGGAGCCCACUGCUGCUUCCCAGCGCAUCACAAUCCAGAGGCCCCUAGAAGGACAUCAGAGGUGCGGUGAGCCGGACAUUCUGAUCCUAUGCGAGUCUCCUGUCCGACAGCCUUACCAAACCCCAGCUGAUCCAGCUGUGGGGAACAGUCCAGGAAGCCAGAUGCCAGGGCUAGACACAGGUUCGCGGAGGUUCCAUCACCUCAGCCCCAGCACCCAGAAUAGGAGAGCCUUCUUAAAGGUCUAGGACUGUAUUAACCGUGUCUUUUAUUUUCUAUAUUCUGGUGCUUCGACAUCUGGGGCCUUUCGGGCCCUGGAGGGACUGCCCCUCCCAGGGUUAGCCAACUCCUAGAGAUAGUAAACGACAUGCCCCCAGGCGUCCUUUUCAAAUACAACUCAACCAACCCAGAGUUCACUCCCCUCCCACCGCCCUCCCCCCUCGAGCUCCAGCCACUACCCCUCCGGAGCCAGUGCCAGACAACCGAGGCCAGCCCCUCUGCCCUGGAGCCCACUCCCACUGCAGUCAUUCGGACUAGCCAGUCCUACGCCUGUGUGUCCUGCCUCGCCUAUCCUUUCCAUGGAAACCACGAUAAAGGCUCUUGCCCAUGUCCCCUCCCCCCACUUCCUGAUCAGCCCCGGUGCUUCCCCGUGUGGUGUGACCCUUCUCUUGGGAAUGGUGACCAAUAAACUAUCUCUUCAUUGAUAA